AUGGUAACCCUGAAGGAGACAUCAGGAGUUCUUACCAGUCCUUACUAUCCAAGGCGUUACCCUUCUAACGAGAAAUGCAGCUGGAAAAUUACAGCUAAUGAAGGAGAACGCAUUGUGUUGGUCAUUGAAGACCUUUAUAUUCGGUCCUGUGGUUCAUCUUGCACGUGUGAUUACCUUGAAAUACAAAAUGGCUCUUCCUCUGAUGGCAUUUCAGGCAGGCGAAGAUGUAGAUACUAUGAAGACCGUGGGAUAGUAUACCAUUCGGCAAAAGAUAUCCUGAGGUUGACGUUUGUUUCUGAUAGUGGUACUGACCGGUACUACCGUGGAUUUAAGGCAACUUACAUUAAAGUGAAAUAUAUUGCAACAACCACCGGUAAGUUAUUUAGAAAUCGGCUUUAAACAAUAAGUUAAAGGUUUAAGUGCAGGCGAUCAACUUUCAACCAAGUUAUAUGAAAUAUUAUUGCCUUAUAACAGGCUUAUGGUAACUGUAAUAUUCAAUUACUUUACGGAGUAAAACAACCCACAAUAAAAUGCCCAUCAAAUGUCAACAAUUUUCAUUGCCAUGGUGUUAAAAGUGUUUGGUGGAAAAUCUCGUAUUUUUUCAUAAUUAUCUAUUACAAAGCUUUCGAUUUGGUUUUUUGUUUUGCUUUGUCUUUUUUUGGUUUCAGACAGAUUACUCUUUGAUUUUGCAUUAUAAAGCUAAAUCAUAGUUUGUUUCCUCUUGUUGCAGCUUGUACCUCUGGCGAAUACCUUAAUGGAUUUAGUGGAUUCUUUUCAAGUCCAAAUUUUCCAAAUAACUAUCCUCAAUACAGCAUGUGUACCUGGAAUAUCACAGUUCCCAGCGGGUACAUAAUUAAACUCAGCUUCCUCUACUUUCGAUUGGAGCCAUAUCAGUACAGUCCCUGCUAUUAUAGUGCUCCAGGAGCCCGUGUUACAGUUACAAAUGUUACUUCAGAUGAUGGGUAUCAACCGUUCAUGCUGUGCGGUCAACAACUUCCAGAUCCAGUGUACUCAGUGGGGAAUUCAAUGCAAGUCAUAUUCACGUCUCUGAGCAGUCAAUACUCAGGGUUUAAUGCAACUUGCACGGCUAUCACUUAUAGUUCAGGUACGUGGUAUACAUUAUAAAAACAAAAACAAUUACUUUUUAUGAAGUUAGAUCGAUCUCACACUAUCAGACAAUGUCGGUACUUAACAGGCGACCAAAAGAAUCGACUCCGAAAUUAUUGACGUAUUACUGCUUGAAAAUGUAAAAGAGCAAAAGAGGAACACGAUUGGAUCGGUAAAACUGAACAAGAUAUUGCAUUCAGGUAUAUUUAAGGAACACGUCUAUUUCAAGUUUGUCGUCUUUACAUCGUACGCAAGUCUGAUGCUCUCGAGAAUCAUCAGUUUCUAAGUGGAGAUGACAAUUUUGUUCGCCUACGAGAUCUCUUUUAAGGCUCAGAGUCAACAAAGAAAGAUCAAAUUAUCCAAAAUAACGUGGCUUAAAGCCUUAAAAUAACCAAGAUAUACGGGAUAACAAACUCGUGCUUGACAAGUAUUGUAGUAUUAUUUAAGACAUGGAUUUUUCUUGGUGGUGCAGAGGAGUAUGGUUAGAAUGGUAUGAUUAGAACGCCAACAACGAGAUUUCUCAAAAUUGAUUUUGAAUUCGCAUCUUUUCGUUUUUUGUUCUUAUUCAUUUGGAACCAAUCGACAAAUAUAUUCAUACACUACCGUAGCUCCGUCGAAAACUAUACCCGAUUCCAGACCAAAACGGGCAAAGUCUAUAACCGUUUUUGGAUAAAAACGGCGCAAAAACCAUACCAAUUUCUUUCUACAGCAAGGUAAUCUGUAUCUAGAAUGAUUUGAAUCAUCACACGCCGUUUCUCCAUUUUCCCUCAGUUCUUCAAUCUGUCUCGCUAACUUUGCUUUACAUAGUGAAGAGCCUCUCUGGGUCAUUGUCAUAUAGUUUUAGAUCUUUAUUGCUUGCAGGUUCUUAACCCUGAGAAGAAAAUUUUUUUAUGAAAACAUGUGUCUAAACUUCUAUGUAAUCUUAUAGUUGAGAAUAAACAGCAUAAACAGCUGAUCGAUCGCGCAAAGCCUGAUGAUGUACACCUACCUUUCCAACAGUUCCUUCUUAUUACCAUUUUGAUUUAUACGGCGGCAUUUUAACCAAAACUUUAGUUGAGCAAAGGUCAAUUUUUCUGUAUCUCUUCUUCACUGAAGCCAGCAAGAGGAAUGUUCCCUCAAGUAAGUCCGCUAUGUUAGUUAUUAGGUAGCUUACGAUCCGAUGACGCGAUGACAACGAGGACGUCGCCGUCAAAAAAGCAAUAGGUUUACAAGGCAAAACUUUUUCUACUUUUUCCUACAUUUCCUUUUAUUGCGGACGUACACAAGCAACGACCAAACUUUAUUUCUCUUUUGGAACUUGGAAAGGGAUCCUAGCAAUUCAACUCCAGGGAGGUUCGCUUACUUUUGAUAAAGAAAAUGGGUAGGAAUGAUCGCAAUAAAGGCUGAAAUAACGCAAAUUCACUUUUUAAGUGACGUUUUUGCUGCCAUCGCCUCGUCGGAUCGUAAAGUCCCUAUUUUAAAUUUAAAAACCUCACAUCCACACAACUUCCGUUUUUUUUUUUUCUAAAAUCCGAGUAUAAAAGAAUUUCUUUGAGGCGCUUUCCAUUCAACCCAAAAUUCAGAAAUUUUCGGUUGGUACAUCAAAUGGAACGGACCGUUUUGAUUUGGUCUGACCGAAACAUUCGGGACCAGCUUUGAAGGCGGUCCUCUUUAACCGGUCUGGUCAUUUUGGUCGGUAAUGUCCCUUUCCAUUUGACAAAAUUGUUGUUCCCAGUACUGCUCCCUUGUAUCCUGGUUACAAGAACAAUAACCAAACGCGCGGUGGCUUGGGUCGAGUCUAUGCAACCGGAAUGUACCGAUCCAUUAGGCUCGUAAAUUUCCGAUAUUUCAAAUCGGAAUUUUUUUUGAAUGGAAGGCGCCCUUGGGUUUUUGGGCUCCAUUUUCGCCAAAGAAAGCUUCUGAUCCCUUGCAUGAGCCAAACAUGUACGGUGAACAGUCGAGUUUGGAGGUAAACGUCUUCGUAUAAGAAGAUUACGAAAGCAGCGCGAUAGAUACUGGCCUCUUGUUGGGCACAAAAUUAUUGUUUUGGGCCAAAUCACAGAGAAGCCUUCGAAUAAGUCGUGGAACUGGUUCGUUAAGAGUAGCAUUCCAGAGGCUCUCUCGCCCGUUCUUGAAAACUUUUGCCGCCGUUUUUCCUGACUCAACUGACCGACACUGGGUCUCCGAGGAUGCUUCUACCAAAGUAAUAAAAAUAAUCUUUACAAGUGCCCACGAACAUAUUUCUCAUAGUUUAUGUUGAGUUGUUUGUGAAUUUUCCUAAUGUAGCUGUUGUUCACAUGAACUUUCAUAACAAAGAAAGACAACCUGAACGACAGAACAAAUCUUCGUGUUAAAGAAAGCGCAGGCGCCUAAUACCUACUAAAAUGUUUGUUUGAGUUAUGGAACGGACUCUUAAAAACAUCGGUCGUAAGAAGGCAGUCAAUCGUUUGUUCACAAUAUAAUCUCGAUAAUUUUAAAAAAAGUUUAUUCCAGACACAAACCAAAAAAAGCUUCUGGCGCAUCCCUAAAUUAUCAAAUCCUUCCGUCCCGCAUUUGGUUUUGAUCUAAUUCCUUCUCACACGCGUUAACUAGAUUCUUUCUUGAAAGUGGUAUUAUUCUAAUAUGUCCUCGAUACUUACGGUCCGUCCAUUUAUAUGGCUUGCAGUCUGUCCCAAUAUGGCAACCCUGAAUGAGGCAUCAGGAAUUCUUACCAGUCCUUACUAUCCAAGGCUUUACCCUUCUAACGAGAAAUGCAGCUGGAAAAUUACAGCAAAAGAAGGAGAACACAUUGUGUUGGUCAUUGAAGACCUUUAUAUUCGGGACUGUGGUUCAUCUUGCACGUGCGAUUACCUGGAAAUACAAAAUGGCUCAUCUUCUGAUGGCAUUUCAGGCAGGCGAAGAUGUAGAUACUAUAAAGACCGUGGGAUAGUAUACCAUUCAGCAAAAGAUGUCGUGAGGUUGACGUUUGUUUCUGAUGGCCGAGUUACGGGGUACCGUGGAUUUAGGGCAAUUUACAUGAAAGUAAAAUAUAAUGCAACAAACACCGGCACCGGUAAGUUAUUAGAAAUCAGCUGUAAACGCAGGGUUAAAGGUUUAUGUGUAGGCCAUCAGGUGAUCAACUUUCAACCAAAAUAUAUGAAAUAUUAUUCCCCUAUAACAGGCUUAUGGUAACUGUAAUAUUCAAAUACUUUACGGAGUAAAACAACCCAAGCUAAAAUGCCGAUGAAAUGCUGACAAUUUUGAUUCGCAAGAUGUUAAAAGUGUUUGUUCGAAAAUCUCCUAUUUUUUUUUAUAAUUAUCUAUUGCAACGCUUUUGAUUUGGUUUUUUGUUUUGUUUUGUGUUUUUUUUUUUGGUUCACAGACAGAUUACUCUUUGAUUUUGUAUUAUAAAGCUAAAUCAUGGUUUGUUUCCUCUUGUUGCAGCUUGUACCUCUGGUAAAUACCUUAAUGGAUUUAGUGGAUUCUUUUCAACUCCAAAUUUUCCAAGUAACUUCCCUCAGUACAGCACAUGUAUCUGGAAUAUCACAGUUCCCAGCGGGUACAUCAUUAAACGCAGCUUCGUCUAUUUUCGAUUGGAGCCACAUCAGUACAUUCCCUGCUAUCGUUAUGCUCCAGGAGCCCGUGUUACAGUUACAAAUGUUGCUUCAGAUGAUGGGUAUCAACCGUUCAUGCUGUGCGGUCAGUCUCUUCCUCUUCCAGUGUAUUCGGUAGGGAAUUCUGUUCAAGUCAUAUUCACGUCUCUGAGCAGUCAAUACCCAGGGUUUAAUGCAACUUACACGGCUAUAACGUAUAGUUCAGGUACGUGGUAUACAUUAUUUAUAAGACAUCAACGAUUAAGAUUGAAAAAACAACGUUAAGAUUAAAAAAACAUCACUAACAACAACUCGCCCUAUAAAACGUGAUCCAAGAAAAUCUUGAAUUCUGGAUUCCACGCUGUGGACUCUGGAUUCCAGGAACUGGAUUCCGGUUGUCAGUGGCAGUUAGAUUCCGGAUUCCAGUCAUAAGAGGGAUUCCGGAUUCCUAAGGUAGAAUUGUUUUACCGAUUCCGGUAUUCGAAUUACAUUUAUAUUACAUUGGGGGAAACGACAGUCAUAAACAAACAGGCAAAAUUUAAAACAAUUACAUUUUAGGGAGCUACUCACACUAUCAGGCAAUUUCUUCUUUGGCCUAGGGCGAUUCGUUAAGCUCUCCUUUGUACCCUCUCAAUUUCAUGGAUGUCUUUAGCUAGAUGUGGUGACCACACCGGGCUAGCGUAUUCAAGGAUCGGAGGGACAUACAAAAUUAAAAAAAUGUUUUUAUUUUUACUCCUUACUGUGUGUUUAAGCAAGCCAAGAACCUAUGUUUGCUUCAUGAACUGUUUCAUUGACAUGUUUUGUCCAGCUCAGGUCAUUCGCCAUGAUAACUCCAAGAUCUUUAUAAUUGAAUACAUUUCUUAACUCAGUACCCGAGACUUGGUACCGUGUGGUACUUCUGUCUUUAUUAUGAGUGACUCUCAUGACCUCACAUUUACUAGGAUUAAAUUUUACCUGCCAGCGAUCCACCCAUAGAUCAAGGGCGGUUAGAUCAGAUUUUAGCGGAGCCCCAUAGCUUAGUAAAUCUGUCGUGCAAGCGUGUCGUGCGCGUGCUUUCACCUUUAGCAUCAAAUUCCUGUGGAGGGUCACAUUUGGUAAUCACGUGACCGUACACCGACCGCUGACCGACCGUCCGUCCGCACCACAGGACAACCAAUGUUUACUCUCACACUUUUAGCUAGUUUGGGAGCCCAAGAGAAAACUAAUUGCACAUCAAUGUUGUGAUCAAUUGACAGCUGUCAAAACAGGGCAUCCGCUGACCAGUAUCUCCUGACCGUAGCGCGGGCUUAAGUGUCGACCCAUCGAGGUCGAGUAUUUUUUGAAGUUAUCCGCUGACAAAUUACCAGUUUGAAAUGAUCGCAGGCUCAAGUUUAUUUCUUCCAAGGAUUCAUAUCAAAUAUGUUGUGUUUAUGUCACUAUGGCCCCGCACUAUUAGGAUUUUGAUUUUAAACUGACUUCGGAAGCAAAAAUUCAGCCAGUUUUUUUAAAAGUACAGGCGGGGAAGACCUUAUCUUACCAUGGUCACGCGUUGGUUACGCUCUACGUCCAAUUUUUAUACUCUGAUUGGUCAAAAUUUGACAGGUGAGUUCACGCGAAAAAAUUAUGCAGCAUCUUGAAAAUUGUUUACUUUGACAGCUGAAGCUGAAGAGUUUUGUGUCAACUUGUGAUGUUUUUAACUGUCUUUUUCUUCUGGAUUUACAAAAUGAAAUACAGCUGCUAUCAAGAGUCUUCUGUUAUUUAUGGCUGGUUUGUUUACUGGGUUUUUGGUUGAGAAACGCGUCGCUUGUCAAAAUUUGUUAAUUCGAUUUCGGAUGGCAUCGUUGUCGUAUUUCACCUUGCUUAAUGCGUAAGAGGGUUUAAAAGUCUCAAGCAACUGUGGCCUUCCUUGAUAGCUUUCAGGAACUGAAUCUCGAAUGGUAAGCCUGAGUAACUAUUGUAUUUCAUGUUUGUUUUUGUUAUAUCUAAUUUCAUGAAGUCUUGCACAGUUCACGCUGACAGUUUAUGCGGCAAGUUUAUGCACGUUUGUAGCCGUAGUUUGAGUCAAUGAUCUGACCUAGUAUCAGGUUUGAACGGUUUGAUAUAAGCUUACAGAACUUUAAAAAGCCUUCAGAUAUAUUUGCUAACCACAGAUAGAAAGAAAACGUUCCGAAGAAUAUUUAGUUAUAAAUUUGGCUGUAGAAAGAAAACUUUGAGCGAUUUUCUUGCUUCGAGGAGUUCACCUUGGAAAACAGUAAACACCCGCGCCGGGAAGCCGGCUUAUAAAGCUUCACGCCGAGACUAAGGAUUUUUAGAGACACUUUAAUACUUGUCUUCAUGAAUGAAAAUUGUUAUCUCUGUAAAUGUUUUACCGAAUUAUAUUCCUUUUUUUGAUUGUUAGUAGUCUCUCUUGCAAUUUUAAUCGCUUGUCUGUGCCGUUUGUUUUCAUCGUUCAUGAACAUCGCUUGCAGAAGUACUCAAAAAUGUCGCGCGUAUCAAACGCUUUAUAAGAUUACACAUCGUUAUAACUGAAACCAUGAAAUAACCAUAAAAAUAAUAAUAAAUUCGCUAUUAUGUUGAAGCGUAACUCUAUUAAAGUUCAUUCAAACACUCGACCACACUGACAGCUCGCACUAUAGAAACGAGAACCGGCUGGCCGUAUGAGUGAUUUUGGAAAUUUUUAAACGGUUUCGCUUUACGAUUAUAUUGAUCGUCCUGAAUAUUGACUGAGUGCAAUUUGUCUUUAAAAAUUGUGAAAUACUGCAUUAUGUCCGAGGUCUGUAUGAUAAAUAGUACUGUUUCACCUCAAAUGUGAUGUAUAAAAAUUAUAAAAGGUUGGUUUAAACACCCCCAGAUUUGUUGGCAAGAAUUUGUAAAGUAAACCCGUCGAACGCUAAAAAAUUCGGCGUGACUUGUUUUCCAAGAAUUUGUUUUCGAGCCCUAAUCUACUGUGAUCUUGAAUGUGAUCGAAGAUGUUUGCUAUUUUUUGGGUGGACAUAUAAGGUUAUCAAUUCGAUGUAAGAUGUUUCACUCUAAAAAAAGUCACAUGAAUGUGCCCUUAAGUUAAAUGAUUUGUGGAUUAAAAGUUUAUUGUUUGAUUUAAAUUAUAAAUUUCUUAAUUGGAGCUUCGCUUUUAGCCCCGGCUAGCCUGAGUAUCAGGCCUUCCUACGGGAAUAGGGGACAGAAGAUUUUUGAUCGGGGAGGGGGGAGGGGGGAGAAGAGAAACGAAGGCCUGACACAAAACCAUUCAACAAAUCGUGUGACACAUCCAGAAUCUGGAUGUGGCAGUGAUUGGAUAACACACAAUACGCCCUGACGUCACCGACCGCAAGUAAACACGAGCAGAGUGUUUUGAUAGCAUGUGGUAAUUUUAUGGAUAGAGACGCAGAGAGGAAUUCAAAGAGACUCGAAAGGGCGCUCUCAAGUUCUUUCCGGGAAUAAAAAUAGAACCGGAGCAAGAAUUGUGUUUUCAAAGCCUCGUAGUUAAAAGGAAAGAUGUUCUCGGAGUAUAGAAAAGCCUCAUAUACCAGCUUCUGCCGAAACUGAAAUGUCUGAGUAUUGGUUUCACAAGACCAGGACAAAGAAGACUAUAUCAGUGCUUCAGAUAUCUAAGUUUUGAUUUGCAACAUCCUGCCGCUAAAAGGGUAUCGUUACUGUAAAUAAAAUUAGAGCGAGGUAGCCAUGUAUUGAGAAUAGCCGACAGCACCAAGGCUUUAGCUUGACUUUAGAUUUUCCCUCGGACGAUUUUCGGCCUGAUCUACAGCAGCUUUUUAGCUGCCAGAUUCUCAGGAACCUGCUUAUUAAUGAGCGCCGCUGUUGUAACUCUGUAACAAAAGCAGUUUACAGUUUUCCGGGCACACGUUUAUUUACAAACAGAGCGUUGGCGAUCUUACAUUAGCACAAUUCCUAAAACAUGUUAUAAAACAUGUUCAAAAACGACAGGUUUUCCAUUACAAGUAUUCGAAAACUCCUCAUUGGAGGUUUCAGAAAAAGCGAAAUCGUAGCUAGCCUGCGAAAACAUCCGUUUCUCCUUGCUCUUCGCCGAUGGGGACGUUUCGCGAGGAGGAACGCGCGAAACGUCCCCAUCGGCGAAGAGCAAGGAGAAACGGAUGUUUUCGCAGGCUAAAUCGUAGCAACAGAAGCACCAGAGCUCGGCCAGACCGUAUGGUGAGAUUUAUUUUAGGCGAGCUUUUUUGACACGUGAAGCUGACAAACCAAUGACCGGAUGUGAUUUUGAUUGGAUGGUAUCGAAUCAUGCUGUUUUGGGGUGGAAGGCUCCAGUAAAAGCAUCUGUGUCAGGCGUUUCUCUCCUUCAGCUCUCUCCCUUUUUCGCUUCCAUCUUUCCCCUUUUCCCCCAGAAACGCCUGAUACUCAGGCUAGCCCCGGCUAAAUCUAUAUAUUAAAGCCUUAGAAUCUUCCAUUUUGUUUAUCUGUCUAUAGAUUUUGAUAUCCUCAGCAAAUAACUUGGCGGUAGAUGUAAUAAUGUUAGGUAUGUCGUUCACGUAAAUAGGGAACAUAAUCGGACCCAGGAUUGAGCCUUGAGGGACGCCAGAUAUAACAGGCGACCAUUCGGAAUACGAUCCACGUAUCUGUACUCUUUGUCUUGUGUUGGUUAAGAAAUAUCCUGAACCUGAGUUUCCCGUCUAUACCGUUCCUAUUGAGCUUUAAAAGCAGGUGCUCAUUGGGGCCACUGUCGAACGCUUUCGAAAAGUCCAGAAAUAUAACAUCAGACACCUUUCCGACAGUUUCUUCUUAUUACCAGUUUGAUUUAUACGGCGGCAAUUUAACCAAAACUUUAGUUGAGCAACGGUCAAUUUUUCUAUCUCUUCUUCACUAAAGCCAGCCUGGAGUAAGAUCGACUUGAUCGUCCGCCGUGUUAGUUAAUUUAAAUUUGCCGCAAGGGCCAUUAAGCCUCGCUUCUAUGUAAAUUCCGUUUUUUUUUUUCUGUAAUUGGAGUAUUAUAAAAGUUCUUUGGUUUUGUGGGUUCAUUUUUGCUGAAGAAAUCUCUCCUGCAAGAGCCAAACAUGUACGGCGAACAAUCGAUUUUGCGGUUAACCUUCCUCGUAUAAGAAGAUCGCGAAAGCAACGCGAUAGAUGCUGGCCUCUUGUAGGACACUAAAUUAUUUUUUGUGCCAAAUCACAGACAAUUAAUCGAGCAAGUCGUGAAACUGGUUCGUCAAGAGUAGCAUCCCUGGGUCCUCUCUCCCGUUCUUGAAUCCUUUGGACGCCGUUUUUUCUCCCUCAACUAUCCGCCCCUGGGUCUCCGAGGGAGGAUGCUUUUACCAAAGAGAUAAUAAGUUACCCACGAACAUAUUUCUCAUAGUUAAUGUUGUGUUGUUUGUGAAUUUUCCUCAUGUAGCUGUUGUUCACAUGAGCUUUCAUAACAAAGAAAGACGAACUGAACGACAGAACAAUUUUUCAAGCCAGAGUAAAAGCAGACGCCUAAUACCGACUAAAUUGUUGGUUUGAGUCACGGAACAUCCUCGGAGACCCAGGGGCAGUCAGUCGGGUAGGGAGAAAAGGCGGGACGAAAGUUUUCAAGUACGUGUAGGAACUCACGAAAACAAUUCAGUAGAAACUGUUCGCCGAUUGGGCACAAUAAUACAAAGCAUUUUUUGUGCCCAAUCAGGAGCCGGUAUCCGCUUGAAUGUUUGGAAAUAGCUUGGUGAGAGUCGGUACCCACGGGCUCUUUCACCCGUACUUCAAAACGUUCGUCCCGCCCUUUCUCCGGACCGGACUGACUGUCCCUGGGUCUUCGAGGAUGGUCGCGGAACGGACUCUCAAAAACAUCGUAGGAAGGUAGUCGAUUGUCUGUGAAUUGUUCACAAUAUAAUCUCGAUAAUUAAAAAAGUUAUUCCAGAACAAACAAAAAAGCUUCUGGCGCAUCCCUAGAUUAUUUAGUCCUUCCGUACCGCUUUUGGUUUUGGUCUAAUUCCUUCUUACGUUAACUAGAUUCUUCCUUGAAAGUGGUAUAAUUCUAAUUAUCCUCAAUACUUACGCUCAGUCCAUUUACAUGGCUUGCAGUCUGUCCCAAUAUGGCAACACUGAAUGAGACAUCAGGAGUUCUUACUAGUGCUUACUAUCCAAGACGUUACCCUUCUAACGAGAAAUGCAGCUGGAAAAUUAUAGCAAGUAAAGAAGAACGCAUUGUGUUGGUCAUUAAAGACAUUGAUAUUCGCAGCUGUGGGUCAUCUUGCACGUGUGACUACCUGGAAAUACAAAAUGGAUCAUCCUCUGAUGGCAUUUCACGCAGACGAAGAUGUAGAUACUAUAAUGACCGUGGGACAGUAUACUAUUCGGCAACAGAUGUCCUAAGGGUGACGUUUGUUUCUGAUAUUGGUACUUACGGGAGGUAUCGUGGAUUUAAGGCAACUUACAUUAAAGUGAAAUAUAAAUCAACAACCACCGGUAAGUUAUUAGGAACCGGCUUUAAACGCAAAGUUAAAGGUUCUUGUGUAGGCGACCGGGUUCUCAAUUUUCAAGCAGGGAAAAUAAAAUAUUAUUGCCUUAUAACAGGGUCACGGCAACUGUGACAUUCAAAUACUCUACACAGAGUAAAGCAACACAAACUAAAAUGUCGAUGAAAUGCCAACAAGUUACAUUGAUAUGAUGUUAAUAAAAGUGUUGGCAGAAAAUCUCAUUUUUUAUGUUUAUCUAUUGCAAUGCUUUCGAUUGAGUUUUUUUGUUUCGUUUUUCUUUUUGGUCCACAGACGGAGUACUCUUUGAUUUUGAUUAUAAACAAGCUAUAUCAUAGUUUAUUUCCUCUUGCUGCAGCUUGUACCUCUCGCGAAUAUCUGAAUGGAUUUAGUGGAUUCUUUUCAACUCCAAAUUUUCCAAGUAACUUCCCUCAGUACAGCAGAUGUACCUGGAUUAUCACAGUUCCCAGCGGGUACAUCAUUAAACUUAGCUUCUUCUAUUUUCGAUUGGAGCCAAAUCAGUACAGUCCCUGCUAUUAUGAUGCUCCAGGAGCCCGCGUUACAGUCACAAACGUUGCUUCAGAUGAUAGCUAUCAGCCGUUCAUGCUGUGCGGUCAGUCUCUUCCUCCUGCAGUGUACUCGGUAGGGAAUUCAGUUCAAGUCAUAUUCACGUCUCUAAGCAGUCAAUACCCAGGGUUUAAUGCAACUUACACGGCUAUAACGUAUAGUUCAGGUACGUGAUAUACAUUAUUUAUAAGACAUGAACGAUUAAGUUAAGAUUAAAAAAACAUCACUAACAACAACUCGCCCUAUAAAACGUGAUCCAAGAAAGUCUUGGAAUCUGGAUUCUACGCUGUGGACUCUUGAUUCCAGGAACUGGAUUCCGGUUGUCAGUGGCAGUUAGAUUCCGGAUUCCAGUCACAAGAGGGAUUCCGGAUUCCUAAGGUAGAAUUGUUUUACCGAUUCCGGUAUUCGAAUUACAUUACACUGGGGGAAACGGCAGUCAUAAACAAACAGGCAAAAUUUAAAACAAUUACAUUUUAGGGAGCUACUCCCACUAUCAGGCAAUUUUUUCUUUGGCCUAGGGCGAUUCGUUAAGCUCUCCUUUGUACCCUCUCAAUUUCAUGGAUGUCUUUAGCUAGAUGUGGUGACCACACCGGGCUAGCGUAUUCAAGGAUCGGAGGGACUUAUACAAAAUUAAAAAAAUGUUUUUAUUUUUACUCCUUACUGUGUGUUUAAGCAAGCCAAGAACCUAUGUUUGCUUCAUGAACUGUUUCAUUGACAUGUUUUGUCCAGCUCAGGUCAUUCGCCAUGAUAACUCCAAGAUCUUUAUAAUUGAAUACAUUUCUUAACUCAGUACCCGAGACUUGGUACCGUGUGGUACUUUUGUCUUUAUUAUGAGUGAUUCUCAUGACCUCACAUUUGCUAGGAUUAAAUUUUACCUGCCAGCGAUCCGCCCAUAGAUCAAGGGCGGUUAGAUCAGAUUUUAAAGCAAUAGAAUCUUCCAUUUUGUUUAUCUGUCUAUAGAUUUUGGUAUCGUCAGCAAAUAACUUGGUGGUAGGUGUAAUAAUGUUAGGUAUGUCGUUCACGUAAAUAGGGAACAUAAUCGGACACAGGAUUGAGCCUUGAGGGACGCCAGAUAUAACGGGCGACCACUCGGAAUACGAUCCACGUAUCUGUACUCUUUGUCUUGUGUUGGUUAAAAAAUAUCCUGAACCACAGGUAGAGUUGCCCGUCUAUACCGUUCCUAUUGAGCUUUAAAGACUCUUUAAAAGCAGGCCCAUUUAACAAAAUUGUUGUUCCCAGUACUUUUCCCUUGUAUCCUGGUUACAAGAACAAUAACCAAACGCGCGGUGGCUUGGGUCGGGUCUAUGCAACCAGAAUGUACCGAUCCAUUUGGCUCGUAAAUUUCCGAAAUUUCAAAUACGAAUUUUUGUUGAAUGGAAAGUGCCCUUGGUUUUCUGGGCGCCAUUUUCGCGGAAGAAAGCUCCCUUGCAAGAGCCAAACAUGUACGGUGAACAGUCGAGUUUGGAGGUAAACGUCUCCGUAUAAAAAGAUUACGAUAGCAACGCGAUAGAUACUGGCCUCUUGUUGGGCACAAAAUUAUUGUUUUGUGUCAAAUCACAGAGAAGCCUUCGAAUAAGUCGUGGAACUGGUUCGUUAAGAGUAGCAUUCCAGCGGCUCUCUCGCCUGUUCUUGAAAACUUUCGAGGAUGCUUCUACCAGAAAAAAUAAUCUGUACAAGUGCCCACGAACAUAUUUCACAUAAUUCAUGUUGAGUUGUUUGUGCAUUUUUCUAAUGUAGCUGUUGUUCACAUGGGCUUUCAUAGCAAAGAAAGACAACCUGAACGACAGAACAAAUCUUCAUGUUAAAGUAAGCGCAGGCGCCUAAUACCUACUAAAAUGUUCGUUUGAGGUAUGGAACGGUCUCUUAAAAACAUCGGUCGUAAGAAGGCAGUCAAUCGUUUGUGAUUUGUUCACAAUAUGAUCUCGAUAAUUAAAAAAAAAGUUAUUCCAGACACAAACCAAAUAAAGCUUCUGGCGCAUCCCUAAAUUAUUAAAUCCUUCCGUUCCGCAUUUAAUUUUGAUCUAAUUUUUUCUCACGUUAACUAGAUUCUUUCUUGAAAGUGGUAUAAUUCUAAUUGUCCUCGAUACUUACGGUCCGUCCAUUUAUGUUGCUUGCAGUCUGUCCCAAUAUGGCAACCCUGAAUGAGGCAUCAGGAGUUCUUACAAGUCCUUACUAUCCAAGGCGUUACCCUUCUAAGGAGAAAUGCAGCUGGAAAAUUACAGCAAGUAAAGGAGAACGCAUUGUGUUGGUCAUUGAAGACCUUUAUAUUCGGUCCUGUGGUUCAUCUUGCACGUGUGAUUACCUUGAAAUACAAAAUGGCUCUUCCUCUGAUGGCAUUUCAGGCAGGCGAAGAUGUAGAUACUAUGAAGAUCGUGGGAUAGUAUACCAUUCAGCAAAAGAUAUCCUGAGGUUGACGUUUGUUUCUGAUAGUGGUACUGACCGGUACUACCGUGGAUUUAAGGCAACUUACAUUAAAGUGAAAUAUACUGCACCAACCACCGGUAAGUUAUUUAGAAAUCGGCUUUAAACUAUAAGUUAAAGGUUUAACUACAGGCGAUCAACUUUCAACCAAGUUAUAUGAAAUAUCAUUGCCUUACAACAGGCUUAUAGUAACUGUAAUAUUCAAAUUCUUUAUGGAGUAAAACAACCCACAAUAAAACGCCGAUUAAAUGCCGACAAUUUUCAUUCGCAUGGUGUUAAAAGUGUUUGGUAGAAAAUCUCCUAUUUUUUUUUUUAUAAUCAUCUAUUGCAAAGCUUUCGAUUUGGUUUUUUGUUUUGCUUUGUCUUUUUUUUGUUUCAGACAGAUUACUCAUUUAUUUUGUGUUAUAAAGCUAAAGCAUAGUUUAUUUCCUCUUGCUGCAGCUUGUACCUCUGGCGAAUACCUUAAUGGAUUUAGUGGAUUCUUUUCAAGUCCAAAUUUUCCAAAUAACUAUCCUCAAUACAGCAUGUGUACCUGGAAUAUCACAGUUCCCAGCGGGUACAUAAUUAAACUCAGCUUCCUCUACUUUCGAUUGGAGCCACAUCAGUACAGUCGCUGCUAUUAUAAUGCUCCAGGAUCCCGUGUUACAGUCACAAAUGUUACUUCAGAUGAUGGGUAUCAACCGUUCAUGCUGUGCGGUCAACAACUUCCAGAUCCAGUGUACUCAGUGGGGAAUUCAAUGCAAGUCAUAUUCACGUCUCUGAGCAGUCAAUACUCAGGGUUUAAUGCAACUUACACGGCUAUCACUUAUAGUUCAGGUACGUGGUAUACAUUAUCAAAACAAAAACAAUUACUUUUUAUGAAGUUAGAUCGAUCUCACACUAUCAGAUAAUGUCGGUAAUUAAAAGGCGAUCAAAAGAAUCGACUCCGAAAUCAUUGACGUAUUACUGCUUGAAAAUGUAAAAGAGCAAAAGAGGAACACGAUUAGAUCGGUAAAACUCAACAAGAUAUUACAUUCAGGUAUAUUUAAAGAACACGUGUAUUUCAAGUUUGUCGUCUUUACACUGUACGCAAGUCUGAUGCUCUCGAGAAUCAUCAGUUGCUACGUGGAGAUGACAAUUUUGUCCGCCCAAGAGGUGUCUUUUAAGGCUAAGAGUCAACAAAGAAAGAUCAAAUUAUCGAAAAUACCGUAGCUUAAAGCCUUAAAAUAACUAAGAUAUACGGGAUAACAUAAACUUGCGCUGGAUAAGUAUUGUAGUACUAUUUAAGAUACGGAUUUUUCUUGGUGGUGCAGCGGAGUAUGGUUAGAAUGGUAUGAUUAGAACGCCAACAAUGAGAUUUCUCAAAAUUGAUUUUGAAUUUGCAUAUUUUGUUUUUUUUUCUUAUUCAUUUGGAACCAAUCGAUAAAUAUGUUCAUACACCACCGUAGCUCCCUCGAAAACUAUACCCGAUUCCAGACCAAAAUGGGCAAAGUCUAUAACCGUUUUUAGACAAAAACGGCGCAAAAUCCAUACCAAUUUCUUUCUACAACUGAGAUAAUCUGUAUCUAGAAUGAUCUGAAUCAUCACACGCCGUUUCCCCAUUUUCCCUCAGUUCUUCUAUCUGUCUCGCUAACCUUGCUUUAUAAAGUGAAGAUCCUCUCUGGGUCAGGGUCAUAUAUUUUUAGAUUUUUAUUGCUUGUAGGUUCUUAACCCUGAGAAGAAAAUUUCGCAUGAAAACAUAUGUCUAAACUUCUAUGUAAUCUUGUAGUUGAGAAUAAACAGCAUAAACAGCUGAUCGAUCGCGCAAAAUCUGAUGUUGUACACCUACCUUUCCAACAGUUCCUUCUUAUUACCAUUUCGAUUUAUACGGCGGCAUUUUAACCAAAACCAAAACUUUAGUGGAGCAACCGUCAAUUUUUCUGUAUCUCUUCUUCACUGAAGCCAGCAAGAGGAAUGUUCCCUCAAUUAAGUCCGCCAUGUUAGUUAGAGCGACUUUCGUAUGACCUUGAAAAAUGUUUUUGGUAAGUGUUCGUGAUUUGUUUCAUCAGCCAAUGGCUGAAAAGAUCAAAACAAGGACUCUUCGUUUUCCCGCCAAAGAAAACCCUAAUAUGGAGAAGGCACUGUUCGAUUGGCCAAUCGUGUUGCAGUAUGACGUCAAAGCGAAGCAUCGGCUGAUUUCUAGAAAGUUCUCGGGCAUGCAAUCGAUCAGUGGAGGUGGUAGUGGAGUUAGCUGUUGCAUUCAGGGACUUUGGUCUCUUCUUGUGAAAAUUUGGUUUUCUUACAAAUUCUGGUGAUUAAACAACAAUGGAAGCAGUUAUGUGUGGCUCAUCUUUACACCAAAAGUGCUGAACGAAGAUGGAGAGCCCGAUUCCGUUACCGAUGUGGUGACGCCGCUUACUACGCUGGCGAGUUUAUUCGUGAAUAGUGUCCUUCUUGUCCUCGAAAACGAGUAAGAAUUUUAGUUUCCUUUUUUGUCGUGUCAUGUGGGACGUUAGACUAUGUAUCCCUUUUAGUCGAUUGUGAGAUGAAUUAGAAGUCAAGAAAAUUUUAAACGCUUUCCACUUGAAGCGCCUUUGACCAGACUUUGAUCACGUGACUUUGUUGAUGGUGACGUUUUUGGGCUCUCCAUCUGACAAUAUUUUUUCUCGUGUCCUUUAAUUGAAAAACCCGAAAAUUUCAUUAUGUCAGACGCGUCAAAUGUUAAACGAUUUUGCCGAAGGUGCAAAGCACAUGGUUUUAAAGCUGGAAUACAUUCAGCAUGCCCUUUUAAAUGUUGCAAGUGCGCGGAGUGUGAGAAGAUUGCAAAACACAACGAAAUGGCGCGAGAGCGAGCUCGAAAAAGACGUGCCGACGAGCUGGCCGGACCAUUGCUACCCUCAAGCAGCGUUGACCUGACUAUUGAGCAAGUCAUCCAACUUGCAAACAAGAACUCGGGUACUGAAGUGGCGAAAAAAAAGAUGUCCACAACUGCCCUUAAAGCCGGUAUGUUGUCAACCUCGUGAUCUUUUGAUCCAAUUUUUUGUUAAUUUACCUUUCCAACUAUUUUAGUUACUCUUAAGGUAUCUUAUUGCCUUUGAAAGUACCGUUUGUAUUUGAAGUAAACCUUUUUAAAAAUCUUGGACAGGAAAAUUUGUUGUUACAGUAAUUUGUUGCACUUUGGCUUGUACAUGAAAUUCUCGUGAAUGACACACAAAUUAUUUGACAGAUUUCCCGAUGUUGCCUAAAAUACAUUCUCAGAAUAGCUUUUACAGUGCAGUUUUGCGAUUUCAUUAAUGUUAAAAUUUCACAUUUUUAUUAGUAAUGCUUCUCUAACAAUUUUGUUAUCAAGUCAGGGCACUGAAUGAGAGAAAGGAUCAAAUUUCAGUAGUUUUCUUUGACAUCUGGGACGUCACUAUUUUCAUUGCUUGUGUACUUAUCAGCGGCCAUCGUGUAAAGCCAUGACAAAUUUUUCCCACUUAUCUGGCUUCUCAUCAACACUUACUAAUAAAGUGUGAUAUGGUAUUGUUAAAAAUUAAAUUUGCUUAAAAAGUAAUACAGUAAAACCAACAACUAGAGACGGUCUAAGAACCUGGAUUUUUCUAAGUUAGCCUAAACAGGAUCCCAUAUAAAUGGUAGUUAGUUUAAGGUUUUAAAUUAGUCCUCGCCUUUCAUGACUGGGGUGAUUUUCACACGCGCUUGCGUUUCGCUCGCUCUACUAUCUCUGAGAAAAAAAUAGGGAUUACUCAUAGUCUCUUCUUAUAUAGGUUCUUUCUGAAAAAAAAAGAUGCAAUAUAGCUAAGAGUAUUCAGUGGUUCAGCUUUUUCCUUACAUAAAAGCUGCAAACCAUAACAUUGCAGUUGGAGUGUUAAGGCACCCGUGUCUCCCCACAAACACCAUUUGUGGGUGCGAUGAAGUAUAAGUUCCCCAAAAAAUCCUGCAUGGGGAGCUAAGAAAAUAAGAGCCUGAUUCACAUUUUAGGCUGAACAGGUUCCUGUAUACAGGGUGCUUAACUGGCAAAAUUUGAGCCUAACAGGUUCUUAGUCUCAGGGUCUUACUGUUAUUAUUCUUAUGGGUUAUGCAUUGUUCAUUUCUACGUGUAAACCAUCCCCUUCCCCUGGGAAUUUGUAAGUUUUAUUACUUGGCAGUCUAUUCCCCACCUCAAGGCAUACAGAAAAAGACAAUUUCUCACCCCUGCACUCCUCAUUAACCACACAUAACAUUGUUUUGGGUACAGGAUAAAUGUUUCUAAGGUUUUCUAUUUCAUAAAAACACUAGACUGAGAUCUCUGUUUUGCAAGCCGGGCAUCCAUAUUUAUAUACAGUCUAUUUAAGUUGUCUUGUUAUAUAGAUAAAUUCACUUAAGAAAUAUUUCUUUGUUGGUGACGAAAGCCAUCCAUCCAAGUAUGCGUCAUAUGCACAUUGGUUCUACAAUAAAAAUUUCGUGGUUCAAACAAUCUUGAAAAGGUCUUGAAUUUUAGUAGUCGUCUUGAAAAGUCCUUGAAUGUGGUUUAGGUCCUUGAAAAGAAAUAGAUUUCUUUAGUAGGUCUUAAAAGUCCUUGAAAUUCACAACUUUGUCUACGCAUACACCAUUUUCUGUAGAGUUAGAUUUUAUUUUGCCGAGGAAAAUUUGGCUCAUCUUCAUAGGCAGAAAGAACCUGUAAAAUUCACGGCCAACGUACAAACAUUUUUAGUAAAAGGACAAUGUUUUAUUUAUUAUCAAUAUUAUUUUAAAUGACUCCAUGACGUGUUUUAGCCAAUAGGGUGAUCAAAGGGGGUUAAAGACCUUGAAAACUGUAAGUUGUCCUUGAAAAAUCCUUGAAAAGUCCUUGAAGUUUGUGUGUCUGAAGUUGUAAGAACCAUGAAGAUAUAAGCAUACCUUUCAGAAUACAGAUUUUACUUUUGAGUGGUUAUUUGUUUCUAACCAGACUGCAACAAAUUCUUGAGAUUUCCCCAGGAAAGAACAGUCUUAGGAGUCUUCUCCGUGCAGUCUGGCACCAUCAUGUCAACUCAGAAAUGACAUAAUUCACAAGAACAACAAAAAUGUGAUUUUUGAUUUCCCUGCCCCCUAUCCCCGGGACAGGACCGCUUCAAACAAUUCCCCCCUCAGGCCUGAAGGGCUGGACUUGUCUUAGGGGUUGACAGGAGGGAUGUUGACACAUUGAAUUGAACCAUGCAAUACCCUCUCAGAAAUCCAACGAAAAAAAGAACACAUGACAGGUAAAUUGAACUGAUGUGACUUGGUCCAAAUUUAACAAUACAUUAAAUUUAUUGUGUAUAUAUGUAUAUACUGUUGUUUAGAGAAACAGAAAAGCAGAAGACUUGAGAUGUCGAAAUAUGAUCUGUUUGUUAACAACUUUAUGAGCUCUUUGAGUGAAGCAGACAAGUUGAAGAGCCCACUUUCCAACAUGGCACGUGCCACCAAGGCCUGGAUGGAAGAAAGGCAACAUACCAUAAGCGGUCGUGUAAAGAACACAAGUGCAAGGCAAGGAGAUGAAUUAAACGCCCUGGGGCUAACUGAGUACAGUGAUGUGGAGCACGUGAACCUGGGACUUCCAUCCUCACUUGGUUCAGAACUUCAGAAUACUGGUUCAGGACUUCCAUCAGCUCAUGGCUCUGGUGAUGAGAGUGCUGCUCUUUUGGUUGACAUUUCCCCCCAGCUGUCACCUCCACAUUUGGAAAUGCACUUGACAAGUGCAAAUGAGGAGGUAGAGAAUGCUGCUCUUUUGGCCAACAUUUUCCCCCAGCUGUCACCUCCACAUUUGAAAAAGCACUUGACAAGUGCAAAUGGGGAGGUAGAGAAAGCAAUUGAUGCCAUUCUCCUGGAAAGUCCCUCUCAAAAUAUGGUAAACAACAGCAACUUAAAUGUCCUCGUGCAAAUGUUCCCGCAGUUUAAACAAGAGGGCAUUGCUAAAGCUUUGCAGUCGUGUGAUAAUAAGCUGUAUGAUACUGUGGAUCUACUUUUGAAAUUAUUACCUGUCAGUGAGGAGAGCAAGAGAAGGGAUUCCCCGGUAAUAUCUUUUUCCCAGACUGUUACUAGAGCAGUCAGUAACAUUCCUGAUACUGAUCUAAAUCCUUUUGCUGUGGCCUUGAGCAGCACAUCCACUGCCUCGGGUUCAAGGAAAGCUGCAUUCUGUAAGCGCUGUGGCCACCAUUUAUCAGGGAGUGUCAUGGGAGGUCUCUGCCCAAACCCUGCAUGUGGCCAACCAUUUAAACCAAAGUUGAGGAUGUAAGACAAACAACCAAGGAAAAGAAUAGAGGCAUGUGUUUUUUUAUGCAUCCAGUAAGUGAGUUAAGUUAUAUAGGCAAUGUUGCAAAGCAACAUUUACAAAAUCUUAUGACAUCAGUAUGAAACAGGCCUUUUGCAACAAAAAUGAUGGUCACCUGAUUGUUCUCUUAUCUGUGAAAAUGAAUUCAAAACAAAUACUUUUUGGAAAACUAUUUUUAACAGAAGUUGAUUUAAAGCAUUUUAUGAUUAGCGAACAUAUAAAUUGUCAGACCUGUAUCUCAAAAGUAGCAAUUGCUGUAGUCUUGAAAAUUAGAAGGAUCUUCAUGUGGGAAGAACUCUUGCUAUUCAACCAUCAUUAUUUUAGGGGUCUUCAAAAAAAAAUUAUAUUUCUCAAAGUAAUACAGGCUAGACCUUGUGACUCGAUACAUGACCUUGUAAUUCAUUACAGGUUAAGACCUUCACAAUAUCUCAGCAUCGUACAGCAUUGGUCUGGAAAUGGGUGUCCUUGCUAAUAUUCGAACAUACUCUUUCCAUUUUUGAAAGUUAGAUUACUCUAGCUUCAAGGCUCUACUAAGGGAAAUCAGUCAUGUGAUCAACAAAGGGCCUAUAGUCUCAGCAACUUGACACAAAGUCAUAAAAAAAUAUUUUGUUCCUUUGAACUCUGUUUAGGAGUACCAAAUUGUUCUUGGUGUGAGACCAAUACAGGCUGCAGACUGGUGAGCAAACGAUGUUGUGAAAUGGUCUUAAAACAUGUCAAAACUACUAGUAUUUUGAGACUUUAAAAGAGACAGUAAACUGUGUAGAGAUAGGGAUAAAUCUGAGACAUUUCACAGCAUUGUUGUCUUGUCUACCUGCAAUUGCUGCCCAUCAGUGUCAUGAAACUAUUUGACAAUGUUUUAAAACGAUGCAUAAAUCAUGGCACAGUGUGCCAAUGCCUUCAGGUCUAAGGGUUAUCAUGACAUAUACAAAUAUGGCCAAUGUGGUAAAUUUGUAACAAAACUGUAAUCUACAAAUUCUUUUCAAAAAGGACUAAAAAUACAGUUAUAAGGGUCAUUGUAUGUUCAAUUCUUGCCAAUGGCAUACAUGCCCAAAACCCAUCUGAGUGUCCUCAAUGAUGCCUGUUGUGCAAGCUAUUCCAAUAUUUGGCACUGUAUCUCUGUUGUUUGUAACCUUGAUGAUUGUCUUACAUCUUCAAAGUCAACUUUGAGGCUACCAAGGUUUGGAUUGUAUUCACAAUAAGAAAGCCACUGAUCGGUAAUAAAGCAAGGCAUUUUAUUGAAUUUAUGACCAAAAAUUAAAACAAUAAUUAUGCCACUUGUUGCACUGAAAACUUCAUCAUAAGUAUUAUUACACUCUUUUGAGGCAACACUUUCUGUAAACUUGACUUCAUUAGGGCGAUUUUUAUAUGACUUUAAAUGAUUAUGUGAAGCAAAACAGAAACAACAAACAAAUGCCAGUGGAGCAAUUUGAUUGGUGUAUCAAAAAAGUACAAAGUUAACAUACAUGGCUUUUGGUAUGCAAAUGCAUGAUGAGAAACAUUGUUGAAAGUAAUUUUCCACAACUUCAGGCAACAAAAGCUUACAAAAAGUGUUGAACCUGGUCAGAUGUUAGGAUGCCAGACUGGAGGGUAAAAUAUGAUUCAGAAGAAAUUUAUAAGUUUGAGCCAACAAUUGCGGCAACAUUGGCUGCAUUAAAAUUCAUAUUGGAAGUAACAUAUUAUUAUUAACAUUUUUUUAUUUACUAAUUACUAACUGAAGGGGUCAUUACAUGGAUAUUCACUGGUACUUUAAAAAGGCUUAAUACACAUUUGUGUCAAUAGCAUUCGCAGUGCUGUCAACUCUCCUGGAAAAUUCUGGAGAAAUCUCCCUUUCUCCAGAUUAGAGAAUGAAAUCUCCCGGGUAAUCAUUGAAGUAUGUAGCCUCGACUUUCCAACAAUACAAUUUCAACUAUUUUGCAUAUUGUUUGAGCUAUUUUAAUGUCAACAUAGAACAUUUCCUCAUGACCUCCAGUAUGCUAUUGUUAAUAAUCUGAUUGGUUUUUGUGAGUUUUGUGUCAUCACAAAUUUGGUGACAAUUGGAGUCAACGAGUAGUUUUUGCCCAAAUGAUGUCAUUUGGGGGGUUGACAGCCCAGCAUUCAAGCACUGAAACUAUCACAAGUGCUCUUGGCUUAAUGAAUGGCCAGGAUGGUUUGACGCUUUAAAAAAAUAACAAUAAUACUUUACUUAUAUAGCGCCUUUUCCAGCUAUGUCUAAUAGCACUUUACAAUUUAUUACAAAAAUUACAAAAAAUAAUAACAAAAUUACAAAUAUUGUCCAAAAAUUUAUUUAUUCAAAAAAUUAAAUUCAAUGAAACGAACAGGAUGCAAUUUUGUCAAGUUCCUCCUGUUUCUUUUAGAAAGAUUUGCUGUUCAUUCAAAAGUUUACCUGAUAUUAUCUUUCAAGCAUAACAAUAACACAAUUUUGCCCAAGAAGAUUAUAAUACCCAUGUCAUAGCGCACAAUUCACAAACUUUCAAGUGACAUUUGCUAGUUACAAGUUAUAUUAUUGUGAAAGUGCCAAAUGAUAGACUAAAACAAAAUUGUAAUAAUUGUCACUUAUAAUUGGCAUCAUAUUGUGUAAAUAUUUACAACUUUGUACAAAUUAUGUAUCAUAUGCUUCUGAUUAAAUUUAUAGAACUUGACCAACAACUGGCUUAUAGGUUUGAUUUAAAAGAAAGGAUUCAGGUUAUUUUUCAUAACCAGACUUUGUGCAACAAAAUUGUACUGGGUAGAUCGGUUGAAUGUUAGUUUGUUACUGUGCAUUCAAUAAAUUAUCGGAGAAUCGUUUUAAAUGCUUAAGUUUGUUCUUAUAGUACCCGACCGGCUAAUAAUCUUCUUUUCGAGGGGUUGCCGUAUUGGUAAAUAAUAAUAAUCAUAAAUACAGCAAGAAUGACACCCAAAACAUACAAGCUAGUGGUCUCUUCAAUCCUGGCCUCGACCUACAGUAUAUAGUCUUAAACAAAUAAGUUAAGCUUAAAUACGUACCGUGGUCGACUAGUCAAAAGAACAUUUUGACAACACUGAACCCAGAGCUCAAGCAAGUAUAUGCCGAUUAAUUUACUUUUCUACACUCAGUCCAGCAUCAACACUUGCCUCGGUAUUAAAGUACUGUAGCCAUAGCGUCUAUUGAACAAAUUCUUACAAAACCACAGUGCGUUCUAGAAAUACCUUCUUGAAAGUAAGUAUGCGAUGUAAAAUGAACGAUUUUGGUGUAAGAUGUGCUGGAUCGAAUAAGUGGCUACGUAUUACGUAAAAACAGUUACUACGGAAUGAGGGUGAAUAACAAAACUGUUUUGUUAAUUAAAUGAAAUUACACUUAGAAUUGCACUUGCCAGCUUCUCCUGUAAAAUGACUGUACCACUGGAACUGUUACUCCUGCGAAAGCAUUUACAACGCUUGCCAUUCCGUAAGCACGAAUGGAACCCGGAGUCUUCAGUGCAUUGGCUUUCACGAUGCUGAAAACGCUUUCAAUGGGAUUUAAGUCAAAGGAGUAAGUAGGCAUUUUGACGAGGGUUAUGUUCUUGCGCGCCAAAACAUUCUGCACAGCAACGUCGUUGUGUAUCGAGGCAUUGUCAAGAACCAGAAAACUAUCUCUUGGUAAGUAGGGUAAGAAGUGAUACUCGAUGGCAUUUGUUAUGGAAACUGCAUUGAAGCUACCGGGAACUGGGUAGCAAUUAACAAUUCCUUCGUUGUAACCUACCACUGCAAAGGCCGAUAUUUUUUCUCUUACAUCUCGUUUUGGCUCUACACUCGGAAGGACGUCACCAAUACUGCACCAACCUGAAGUUCGUACAUCAGUGAGCUUGUUAAAGGCCGUCUCGUCUCCGAAAAACAGUUUUGUUGGAUCUUUUCGGUUCCGCCACUGGAUGUAAGCUUGUCUUCUUACCAAGUUGUACGGUGUAAAUCGCUCUUGUGGGACUUUAGUUGACUUGUGCUUUGUUAAAUUGAGAUCAUGCAGUGUCCUGCAAAUAACCGGUACCGACGGAACUUCGUGUGGUAACAAGUUCAGGUCAGCUCUCAGUCUGCCUUGCAUUUCUUCCAAGUACAAAAAAGGGUUCACGAAAAUCAUAGCCUCCAGAUAGGCAACCAUAAAAGGUUGCAUCUUGCUAGCUGGCCUCCCUCUUGCUCCAGCUUGACAAUCACCGGUCGCAAUAAACUUUUCACAAAUUGCCCGUGCGGUGUUGUAACAAACGCGGUUUUCUCGUGCACUGACCGCAAAACUUCCACUUGUUGAAUAAUCUGCCAAAAUCUGAUACCUUUUUUGGAUAGGGUACGCAGCACCAAAUUUGUAAAUUCCUUCUGAAGCAUUUACCCUCCAGUCUGGCAUCCUAACAGCUGCCCAGUUUCAACACUUUUCCAAGCUUUUGUUGCCCGAAGUUUUGGAAAAUUACUUUCAGAAUUGCAGUUUACACGAGCGUUCGCUUAACCAAUCAAAAGCCAGGCGCGUUUGUCUGUCCGUUCGAUAAACCAAUCAAAUCGCUCUAUUUCCGUUCGUUUGUUGUUUCUGUUUUGUUCGCGCGUUUUCAUUUCAAGGUCAUACGAAAAUCGCUCUAUUUAGGUACCUUUCGCUCCGAUGACGCGAUGACAACGAGGACGUCGUCAAAAAAGCAAUAGGUUUACAAGGCAAAACAACAACUUUGUGCGUGCAUCACAUUUUUUUUCUACAUUUCUUUUUAUUGGGGACGUAAACAAGCGACGACCAAAAUUUAUUUCUCUUUCGGAACUUGGAAAGGGAUCCUAGCAAUUCAACUCCAGGGGAUUCGCUUACUUUUGAUAAAGAAAAUGGGUAGGAAUAAUCGCAAUAAAGGCUGAAAGAACAUAAAUUCACUUUUUAAGUGACGUUUUUGCUGCCAUCGCCUCGUCGGAUCGUAAAGUCCCUAUUUUAAAUUUAAAGAUCUCACAUCUAUGCAACUUCCGGUUUUUUUUUUUUCUGAAAUCCGAGUAUUAACGAAUUUCUUUGAGGCGCUUUCCAUUCAACCCAAAAUUUUGAAAUUUUCGGUUGGUACAUCAAAUGGAACGGGCCGGUUUGAUUUGGUCUGACCGGAACAUUCGGGACCAGCUUUGAAGGUGGUCCUCUUUCACCGGUCUGGUUAUUUCGGUCGGUAGGACCGAAAUGUCCCUUUCCAUUUGACAAAAAAAAAAUGAGGAGGAGGAGGAGGGAGGAGGAGGAGGAGGAUUGAGGAACGAAAAUAAUAAAAUUGUGGAGGAGGAGGAAAGUAAAAAAAAAUGAAAAGGAAAGGGGUGAGUAAAACAUUGUUUGCAGUGUAAAAAAGAGCUAGUUGGCCUUUGCCCUCAUUAAUAUGCACGAUUUACCUGCCAAAAAUCAGUGAACCGGAACCAGGACAAUCGCAGCAGCAGGAAAUAGAACUUGCAUAAUUACGUUACGUCUCAGUGAUUUUAAGUCAGAGACAAGUUUGACUUUACUCCUCAGGUACUAUGAAUUAACCAAUGAAAACUUUUCUUAUUUUCUAACUAACCAAUAGAAAACGAAGACGUUUAUCGACCUUAAAGUAACUAGAAAACCUAAACCAACUUAAAAUAGCACACGACCUUAUCUUAAUGAGAUUCCUGCGCAUUUUAUUCAUGAGAUCAAGACAAUAGCCUAUGACGUCAGCGACGUUAGUUUAUUCCCCCCCACCUUAAUGAGAUUCCCCCCCAAAAAACCGGAGUAACCGGUCCCUCCUAUACUACUAUAGUAUAGAUACAAUAUAUACUACUGUACUACUAUAGUAGUAUAGGAGGGAUGUUUUAGGCCUCUUUUUUGGGGAGGAUUCUCAUUAAGGUGGGGAGGAAUACAUUAACGCCGAUGACGUCAUAGGCUAUUGUCUUCAUCUCAUGAAUAAAAUGCGGUGGAUUUAAUUAAGUAUACUGGUUUGACCGGUUUGUCAGGUUCUAUUUUUAGCCUGGUUGAUAUAACUUAGGAUUUUUAGUUACUUUAAGGUCGAUAAACGUCUUCGUUUUCGAUUGGUUAGUUAGAAAAUAAGAAACGUUUUUAUUGGUUAAUUCAUACUGUCUGAGGAGUAAAGUCAAACUUGUCUGUGACUUAAAAUGACUGAGACGUAACGUAAUUAUGCACUUCCAAUUUCCUGCUGCUGUGAUUGUCCUUGUUCCGGUUCACUGAUUUUUGGCGGGCAAAUCGUGUAUAUUAAAGAGGGCAAAGGCAAACUAGCUCUUUUUUGCACUGCAAGCAAUGCUUUACCUACCCCUCUCCUUUUUAUUUUUUAUUUCCCUCCACCACCACCACCACCACCGCCGCCGCCACAUUUCUGUUGUUUUCCCUCCACCACCACCACCACCACCACCACCACGGCCACCACAUUUCUAUUGUUUUUCCUCCACCACCACCACCACCACCGCCACCACAUUUGUAUUGUUUUCCCUCCACCACCACCACCACCACCGCCACCACAUUUGUAUUGUUUUCCCUCCACCACCACCACCAUCACCACCACGGCCACCACAUUUCUAUUGUUUUUCCUCCACCACCACCACCACCACCGCCACCACAUUUCUAUUGUUUUUCCUCGAAAGGCCAAAGAGGCCAAAAUCAGGCCUAAAAGGCCUAGAAGACCAAACUUGGAGGAAAAACAAUAGAAAAGAGGAGGAGAGGGAGGAGGAGGAGGAGGGAAAAGAAUAAAAAUGUUACGGUGGUGGUGGUGGAGGGGAAACAAUAGAAAUGUGGCGGUGGUGGUGGAGAGAAAGAAAAAAAAAUGUGGAGGAGGAGGAGGGAAAACAAUGACGAUUCUACAUCGACCCUACAUCGACCCUACAUCGACCCCACAUCGACCCUACAUCGACCCUACAUCGACCCCACAUCGACCCCACAUCGACCCUACAUCGACCCUACAUCGACCCCACAUCGACCCUACAUCGACCCUACAUCGACCCCACAUCGACCCCAUAUGGACCCUACAUAGACCCUACAUCGACCCCACAUCGAUCCUAUCAAAACAAUAAAAAUGAGGAGGAGGAGGAGGGAAAACGAUAAAAAUGAGGAGGAGGAGGAGGAGGAGGGUGGUGGUGGUGGUGGAGGGAAAACAAUAGAAAUGUGGCGGUGGUGGUGGUGGUGGUGGAGGGAAAACAACAGAGAUGCGGUGGCCGUAGCGGUGGUGAUGGUGGAGGGAAAACAAUAGAAAUGUGGUGGCGGUGGUGGUGGUAGUGGUGGAGGGAAAUAAGAAAUAAAAAGGAGAGGGGUAGGUAAAGCAUUGCUUGCAGUGCAAAAAAGAGCUAGUUUGCCUUUGCCCUCUUUAAUAUACACGAUUUGCCCGUCAAAAAUCAGUGAACCGGAACAAGGACAAUCACAGCAGCAGGAAAUUGGAAGUGCAUAAUUACGUUACGUCUCAGUCAUUUUAAGUCACAGACAAGUUUGACGUUUAUCGACCUUAAAGUAACUAAAAAUCCUAAGUUAUAUCAACCAGGCUAAAAAUAGAACCUGACAAACCGGUCAAACCAGUAUACUUAAUUAAAUCCACCGCAUUUUAUUCAUGAGAUGAAGACAAUAGCCUAUGACGUCAUCGGCGUUAAUGUAUUCCUCCCCACCUUAAUGAGAAUCCUCCCCAAAAAAGAGGCCUAAAACAUCCCUCCUAUACUACUUCGGGUCUAUGCAACCAGAAUGUACCGAUCCAUUUAGCUCGUAAAUUUCCGGUAUUUCAAGUCGGAAUUUUUGUUGAAUGGAAAGCGCCCUUGGUUUUUUGGGCUCCAUUUUCGCGGAAGAAAGCUCCCUUGCAAGAGCCAAACAUGUACGGUGAACAGUCGAGUUUGGAGGUAAACGUCUUCGUAUAAGAAGAUUACGACAGCAACGGAAUAGAUGCUGGCCUCUUGUUGGGCACAAAAUUAUUGUUUUGUGUCAAAUCACAGAGAAGCCUUCGAAUAAGUCGUGGAACUGGUUCGUUAAGAGUAGCAUUCCAGAGGCUCUCUCGCCCGUUCUUGAAAACUUUUGCCGCCGUUUUUCUUGACUCAACUGACCGACACUGGGUCUCCGAGGAUGCUUCUACCAAAGUAAUGAAAAUAAUCUUUACAAGUGCCCACGAACAUAUUUCUCAUAGUUCAUGUUGAGUUGUUUGUGAAUUUUCCUAAUGUAGCUGUUGUUCACAUGGGCUUUCAUAGCAAAGAAAGACAACCUGAACGACAGAACAAAUCUUCAUGUUAAAGUAAGCGCAGGCGCCUAAUACCUACUAAAAUGUUCGUUUGAGUUAUGGAACGGACUCUUAAAAACAUCGGUCGUAAGAAGGCAGUCAAUCGUUUGUGAUUUGUUCACAAUAUAAUCUCAAUAAUUUAAGAAAAAGGUUAUUCCAGACACAAACCAGAAACAGCUUGUGGCCCAUUCCUAAAUUAUUAAAUCCGUUCGUCCUGCAUUUGGUUUUGAUCUAAUUUCUUCGCACGUUAACUAGAUUCUUUCUUGAAAGUGGUAUAAUUUUAAUUGUCCUCGAUACUUACGCUCAGUCCAUUUAUAUGGCUUGUAGUCUGUCCCAAUAUGGCAACCCUAAAUGAGACAUCAGGAGUUCUUACCAGUCCUUAUUAUCCAAGGCGUUACCCUCCUAACGAGAAAUGCAGCUGGAAAAUUACAGCAAGUGAAGGAGAACGCAUUGUGUUGGUCAUUGAAGACCUUAAUAUUCGGUCCUGUGGUUCAUCUUGCACGUGUGAUUACCUUGAAAUACAAAAUGGCUCUUCCUCUGAUGGUAUUUCAGGCAGGCGAAGAUGUAGAUACUAUGAAGACCGUGGGAUAGUAUACCAUUCAGCAAAAGAUGUCCUAAGGUUGACGUUUGUUUCUGAUAGUGGUACUUACUGGUACUACCGGGGAUUUAAGGCAACUUACAUUAAAGUGAAAUAUGUUGCACCAACAACCGGUAAGUUAUUUAGAAAUCAGCUUUAAACUGUAAGUUAAAGGUUUAAGUGCAGGGGAUUAACUUUCAACCAAGUUAUAUGAAAUAUUAUUGCCUUAUAUAGUAACUGUAAUAUUCAAAUACUUUACGGAGUAAAACAACCCACACUAAAAUGCCGAUCAAAUGCCAACAAUUUUCUUUCGCAUGGUGUUAAAAGUGUUUGGUGGAAAAUCUGCUAUUUUUUUUUGCUAACUAUCUAUUGCAAAGCUUUCGAUUUGGUUUUUUGUUUUGCCUUGUCUUUUUUUGUUUCAGACAGAUUACUCUUUGAUUUUGUAUUAUAAAGCUAAGUCCUUGCUUUUUUCCUCUUGUUACAGCUUGUACCUCUGGCGAAUACCUUAAUGGAUUUAGUGGAUUCUUUUCAAGUCCAAAUUUUCCAAAUAACUAUCCUCAAUACAGCAUGUGUACCUGGAAUAUCACAGUUCCCAGCGGGUACAUAAUUAAACUCAGCUUCCUCUACUUUCGAUUGGAGCCACAUCAGUACAGUCGCUGCUAUUAUAAUGCUCCAGGAUCCCGUGUUACAGUCACAAAUGUUACUUCAGAUGAUGGGUAUCAACCGUUCAUGCUGUGCGGUCAACAACUUCCAGAUCCAGUGUACUCAGUGGGGAAUUCAAUGCAAGUCAUAUUCACGUCUCUGAGCAGUCAAUACUCAGGGUUUAAUGCAACUUACACGGCUAUCACUUAUAGUUCAGGUACGUGGUAUACAUUAUCAAAACAAAAACAA